GGUGUGGCGUCGAUUGCGCGUCAACCUGCUCCAAGCGAGCACUGCUCACCGGCUAGGCGCGUCCCCGCCGCACCGGCCUUGCGCAAGCCAGCAUUGCGACUGAUCGCAGUCAACACUCGAGUCCUGCUGUCGAGCGAGAGACUGAUACACAUACCGGAAUAGAUGGGUUCCGAUAGCACGAGAGCCUCCAGCAUUUCGGUCGAUGAUGCGCCAUCCCGGCCUUCCUUCUUUGCGCGCCUUGCAGCCCCCCUGAGAUCACGAACGCGCAAUCUUGCCGACUUCCACAUCCGCCUCAAGGAGCCGCACCGCAAGUACGGCGCCGGCGAUCACGUUCGCGGCUUUGUCGUACUGUCAGUCAUCAAGCCUUUCCGCAUAACACACCUGACAGUAGCCCUCCAUGGCCACGUGCGCGCGUUCAAGAGCGCAAGCUCGGCGACCCAUCUUUCCCCCAUAGACCCAGGCACAUUUUCGGCGGACGAAUCGAGCAAUUAUAGAUACCAUGGAAAUGGACAUGUUUCUCUCUUCAAGGAUGAGCAGGUUCUCUGCGGCGAAGGGAGGCUGCAGCCCUCGAGAUUCGAGUUCGAGUUCGACCUUGUCUUCCCGGAGAAGGGGCUGCCCAGCAGUAUAGAUUUCGAACGCGGUACCAUAGCGUACAUACUCACAGCCACGAUUACACGACCUACGGCCAUCACCCCCACCACGACUUGCGAGACGAAAGUGUCGUAUAUCGAACAGGUCGAUGUUGGUUCAUUCCCUGCACCAACAGAAAGGCGAGUAGUCAUGCAAACGAUGCGGAGAAAACCGAAGCGAAGGCGCACAACAACUUCAGCCACGACACCAGCUGUCAGAAUAAGUCCUGCCGUCCCUGAGGAAUCCGAGGCCAUGUCAGACAUGGACUCGACUCGAGCCCAUGACAAUCCACAUCCGCCAGCAAACCCUCCCGCGGACGAUCAUGUGAUAUCAUCACAAAGUACUGGGAGUCACCACCGCAGCCCGAUGAACAGCGAUAUUCAGAGCGAGUUUAGUGGGGAAAGCGCAGUCAGUAACAAUAGCAGUGGCAGAAAUGGCGAUGCGACCGGCGACUCCAAUCCUGGAAGCAAAGCAUCAACAGCGGACGGCCGAGAAAUUACUGCCACUAUCGAAGUGCUCAAAGGCGGAUCGAUACCCGGUGAUGUGGUUCCCGUUAGGAUACGCGUCCACCAUAAUCGGAGACUGAAGAGCAUGCAUGGUGUCAUUGUCACGCUAUAUCGGCAAGGCAGGGUCGACUAUUCGCCGCCAAUACAUAUGUUCGCAGAUCUCUCCAAGGAAGACUCAGAACGCUUGGAGAGGGACGAAUACUACCCCAAGUCCAAGACUGGGCUCGGAGGGCUGUCACUGUCCUCUGCCGGCUCUUGCAGCGUUUUCCGCAAGGAUCUGUACCAAACGGUCAAUCCGCUGAUCGUUGAUCCGAGAACUCUGACCGCAACCAUCAACACGUCUGUCCGGGUUCCUGAAGACGCGUUUCCGAGUAUCAAGGGCGUACCUGGUGCUUUGAUUAGCUUCAGGUACUAUGUUGAGGUUGUGGUCGAUCUCGGAGGGAGGCUGUCAGGCUCGGGGACCGCUGUUACUCAGCAGUCUUCACGAAUAGGAGGAAGUGGUGGCGUCAACUCCAGCGGCGUCGCGUCAUCUCUCAACGCCCAUGAUAACAAUAGCUCUGGCUUUGCGGGGAGCAUUGUUGACACAGACCACCUCAGGCGUGAGAAGGGAGUGAUUUCUGUGGCUACGGAGAUCACCGUUGGCACCACAGACAGCUCUCGCCUCAGGAAGAGUAAAAGUGCUGUACGGCCUACCUUGACUCUCCAGCAGCCGUCAACAAACGGCGAUAGUCAUUAUUACGGAGACGAGAACCCUGAUUUCUGGCAAGCUGAUGAGCAGCCGGCGGCAGACAUCUCCCGGACCUAUAGUAGAGACCAUCGGUCCACUACAGCUUCAUACGAUCGGCCUCCUGAUGAAGCCGCGCAACUGUAUGGACCGGCUGCAACUUCGCGAGCUGUGGCGCAUCUGUCCGAGGAGCCGCAGACUCCCGUUUACAUUCCAAGGCCUGAGGUACUAGAGCAGAGCGGCUUAUCUGAGAAGGAGCUGGCUCGAAGAGCAGAGCAGCGACUGCUGCCGAGUCAACCAGGUCCCGCCUUGCCCAGCUCGGAAGCCGGGCCUUCGCAGCCAGUGGCACCAUCGUUUGAGGACGCCGAGGCAACCCCAAUGGCUACAAUAUCUGGCACGGCAUUGAGCGUUCCACACGCUCCGCUUUCAAGACAGAGCUCACGUCAAGACGUGUUCGAUGACGGGCCUUCUGCGCCGUCACUCGCAGAUCUGAGUGCCGCACUACCACUAAGCGCCGUCGAAGACAAGCAAGAGCUUGAACGAAGGCGUUUGAUGGAAGAGGCCAGUGCGCCCCCGGAGGUCCCAGAAGAGUAUGCGGCCACCGUAGCAGGGCCUUCUGCGCCGCCCGCUCUGGCGCCCAGCGCGCCAUACUCCCUGGGCCACAACCCUGUCGCGUACUCGCCCGCAGCUGCUGGCCCAUCGGCUCCGCCGGCUUCCAUUCUGACAUCGUAUCAAGAUGCAAUGCCAGCACAUAGUCAGGAUAGUCGGGGCGAGUCAUCGGCCACUCCCGAGACCCAUCAUGAAGACGACCAUGAUGACCAGUAUGGAGCGCGUGCACCGAUGAGCAUGUUUGCGGGCCCAUCGACGUCUGCGGCAGGCCCAUCAGAGCCCUUGCCAAGAUAUGAAAGAUGAGGUGUCGGGCGCAAAAUAUACUGCUGAGCUUGAGCGUAUUGGGAACGAGGGCACGCCUCCAGGAUAGCCCAUGCCAACCGAAAUAGCGGCUCGGGCAGGACGCCAGCCUUUGUCCAUUGGACAGAAGCAUGUAAAUAAGAUGAAGAACGAUGCAUGGUCGGCAGCAUAAGGUGCAAUCGAGUCAGAAUCUACUUCUGCGCCUGCUUUCUAUCGAUGUGGAUGUGCAGUGUGGAAGGCAUUGUCUGUGACGGAC